ACAAAAUAAAUACUAAACAAAGAUCUUACGAUACGACAAAUGAAAAUAAAUAAACAAAGCAAAGAAUUGAAAUACUUUGAGUGUUUGUGCUGCAAAACAUUUCUGAAGUUUAACAACCUAAAAUGCUGCAAUUUUUAAUGUUCAAAAUAUUGCACAAGAAAUACAAAAUCAAUUGAGUGCACGCCCUGAAAAGUGUCACUGAGAGACAGCAGAACAAUACGAAAAGCCAGGUCAGAGCAGGACAAAAGUCCCAAAUUGAAAAUCCAAAUCAAACGCCGAAGCACCGCACAACAAAUUUACGAACUUAGCCAGCCCAUACACAAAUAUUCACACACGCACACCCACCCACACACACACACACACACAUACACAAUGGCCGUGCCCUUUUAUCUGCCCGAGGGCGGCACCGAUGACAUUGCCUCGAGCUCAUCGGGCACCUCGGGCGUCUCCUCCUCCUCGUCGGCAUCCUCCUCGUCAGGCGCAUCCUCAUCGUCGGGCGUCUCCUCCUCGUCGGGGGCAUCGGAUGGCGCCAGCAGCGUCGCCUCACAGUCACCCAACACAACCACCUCGGCCACGCAGACGCCGAUGCAGUCGCCGCUGCCAAUGCAAACGGACCAGGUGCUAAUCGCCCUCUGCGAAUGGUAUCAGCAGCAUCAGCGACAUUACAUCGGUCAGGCGAAUACCUCGGCGCCGCAAAUCUUUCAGUAUCCGCCACCGCCCAGCCCCUCGUGCUCGAGUGCCCAGUCGCCCAGCUAUACGGGCGGGGAUGUAUUCUUUGCCCAUGGCAUUCAUGUGCCGCCGCGCACGCCUCGCACUAGCAUCAGCUUUGCCGCCGGGGAGGAGCUGAACUUCUUCCGGCAGCCAUAUCCGGCGCCGACAACGCCACAGCCAAUGCCACCGCAACCGCCGGCGCCGCAGUCGGCGCCACCGAUGCACUACAGCCACAGCUACCCGCAGGCAUCACACUUGCUGCAACAUCAUCCGGCCUCCUACGGGCACCCGCUGCCGGUUGGCGCCUACUAUGCAACCUAUACGCCGCCACCCACGCCGAACACUGCGAAUGCCUCCACCUCGACCUCGGGGGCUGCAUCGGUUGCGUCUUUUGGCCGGCACGGUUAUGGGCCGGCCAUGGCAUCGACUCCAUUGGCGCCAACUGGUCCCAAGAUGCGUCUGCAGCGCAGCCAAUCGGAUGCAGCCAGACGCAAGCGGCUGACCUCGACGGGCGAGGAUGAGCGCGAGUAUCAGAGCGAUCAUGAGACCAGCUGGGAUGAGUUUGACGAUCGCUAUGACAAUUUUACGGCCGGACGCGAACGGCUGCAGGAGUUCAGCGGACGCAUACCGCCGCGCAAGAAGAAGACCAGCAAUCCGGGCAACACCAACAAUACGCACCUCUGUGGCGGCGGCGACAAUGCCAACGAGAACGGCUACAGCCCACAGCGCGAAAGAACGACCAAGGAGAAGAAACAGCAAAGCUUCACAUGGCCAACAGUUGUCACCGUUUUUGUGCUUGCCAUGGGCUGUGGCUUCUUUGCAGCGCGAUGAGUGCCAAACAGCAGCAGCAACAAGAAGAAUAAGAACCAUAAAUAACCAUAUAUACUUAAUCCAUAGUGAAAUCAGCUUACGUAUUUUAUUCCCGUGUGCAUAUAUAUAUAUAUAUAUAAAUACAGUGAAGAACUUGCUGAUCUAGAGGAAAACGAGUCUUGAGUGUGUAUAAAGUUAAGGAGGUUGACGGGACACAAGAACAAUAUAAAUGUAUUUGUAUUUGUAUUCGUAUUCAUAUAUUCAUAUUUCUCUAUCAAAUGAUAAACUAUCCUUUAAGAAAACAAAACAUGCAACAACAAUUCAAACUGCUCAAUUGUAAUCUGUAGACUGGCUAAAGACUAAAAACGACAAAUGAUGAAUGAUAAAUAUUUUUGCUAACAUAAAUAUACGAGUAGAAAUAUUUAACACAUAUUUUUUGGUAACGCUUUUUCGAUGAAACAAAAAAACAAACGCGAGCAUAUUUUUGUAAACUCUAUAAGAAAAUGUCACAUACUAUAUAUAUAUAUUAAAUCUAUAUGUAAAAUUCAAGUAAAACUGUAAACUGCCAUCUUUUGAGAUACUUUUUGUAGGCCGGUCUUCCAGCAGUUCAAUGUCUGAGUUUGAUUAUUUCUUGCUACUUUGCAUUUAGCUUUGCAUUUCGUAAAAUCUAAAAAAAAAAA